UCAGCUCGUCAACACAACUAGUUAACUGCCAUCGUACAACGAUGAAGAUACUCGUCAGCGUCGUUCUCUUGGCCGCCGUGGUUCUCGCCGAGCCGCCGAGGUAUCGCCAGCAAUAUCAGCAACAGAGACAAUAUUACUUCGCCCGUCAACAGGAGGAGGCCGCGCCGUAUCCCGCGUCUGGUUGGAAACCAGAGGGACCUGCCUUUAAUCUUCCUCAAAAACAGCAGCAAAAUGGAGCGCCUCAGCAACAAUAUGGAGCGCCAAAUGCACCUCAGCAGCAGUACGGAGCGCCGAACGUGCCUCAGCAGCAAUAUGCAGCGCCGAACGCACCUCAGCAGCAAUACGCAGCGCCGAACGCACCUCAGCAGCAAUACGCAGCGCCGAACGCACCUCAGCAGCAAUACAGAACGCCAAACGCGCCUCAGCAGCAAUACGGAGCACCAAGCGCGCCUCAGGAACAAUACGGAGCACCAACCGGUCCUCAACAAGAGUACGGAGCACCGGAAGAAUCCACGACGACUGAAAUUUCUAAUUCCACCGAAGAGGAAGAGAUAUCUACCGUUCGGGGCAUCACUGAGUCUGAGUCCGAACCCGUGAACGCGGUGAACGAGCUCGAGGACGAGGACGUGGACACGAAGCAGCCUCAGCAAUCCGGGGAGUACUACGUGGCCCUUCCCGAUGGUCGUCUUCAACGAGUGCGAUACAUCAGCCGCCAGGAUGUCGAGGCCAUGAAAUACUUCGCCAAAAUUCGCGCCGAAAACGUGGAGCCUCUUCGUGGUCCGAUCUACGCGUACGCACCUCUGCAGAAGCUGCAGAUCCUGCCAGCUGGAGUGCAAUUAUCUGUCGCCCCGGUCGCUCCGGUCACCGCGGUUGCAUCCGCGGAGGCUAAGCCGCAGAAACUCGAGAUCGAGCCGGUGGCCGCGCAGGUGCAAUAUCAGUAUGACAACCCCUCGAGCGUGGUGUCUCUAGCCAACCCCCUGAGUUAUACCUCUUACACGGCGAAUUAUCAGGCGCCGGCAGCUGGCGACUCCAGAUAUAUUCUCACCUUCCAAUAAACCGUACGCAAGAACAUCGACGCGAGAUUCUUGUAAAUCGCAUUGUACAUGUUGCACAGAUUAUUCAGUAUUCACUGACAAUUAGGCUAAGCUGACGACGCAAUAAAGUUGAUGGUAACGCAA